GGGCCCUGCGUUCUCGCAGGUGGCCGAAGCGGUUCCCUGCUACUUGGGUAGCUCGUCACGGCCCCGCCUUCCGCAUCCUUCUCUGUGGUUCGUUGGCGGGAACGGUCGACCGUGCGGCCUGGAGGACCGCCGGGUCCCUUCCCGCAGGUGGUACACGCAGGUCUCGGGCAGGUGACCCAUGCUGUACUCUCUGCUUGAAGUAAUUUUUAAAAUAAUCAACUGUUAACAAAGAUGGAACAAACCAAAGAUUACUACUGAUCUCUGAACAUGGGUAAGAAUGAUCAGGAGCGUCUCUAACUGACCGAAGGCACAGCGUUUUCACAUAGGUUUUACUUCACUGAUUGAUUUUUCAAAUGUGGUGAACACCUACUCUGUGCCAAGUGUCGUCCUGGGCAGCAGAACACCGCAGUGAACAGAGCAGACCAGCACCUGCUGGCGGGAGUGCGCCGCGGCCGUGAUGUCUUCCAGCUGCCGUGUGUUUGGGGCGGGGAUUUGUUUUGUCAUAACAUGCAUUUUUUGCAAGUCAAUGGCAAACUCUCUACCAGAACUAAGUCCUCAGAAAUAUUUCGAUACAUUGCAGCCAGGAAAAGCCUCUUUAGCUUAUUUUUGUCAAACUGGUUCUCCAAGUACAUCUGUAUUUCUUGAAGAACUAAAAGAGGCGGUUAAACCUCUCCAGGACUAUGGAAUUUCAGUUGCAAAGGUUAAUUGUGUCAAAGAAGAAACUUCAAGAUACUGUGGAAAAGAAAAGGAUUCAAUGAAAGCAUAUUUAUUCAGAGGCAACAUAUUGCUCAGAGAAUUUCCUACUGACACCUUGUUUGAUGUGAAUGCCAUCGUCGCGCACGUUCUCUUUGCUCUUCUUUUUAAUGAAGUGAAAUAUGUUACCACCCCAGAAGACCUGCAGAAUGUAGAAAAUGCUCUGAAAGGAAAAGAAAAUAUUAUAUUCUCAUAUGUAAGAGCCAUCGGAAUACCAGAGCACAGAGCAGUCAUGGAAGCUGCUUUUGUGUACGGGACCAUGUACCAAUUUGUCUUAACCACAGAAAUUGCUGUUUUGGAAAGUAUUGGCUCUGAGGAUAUAGAAUAUGCACAUGUCUACUUUUUCCAUUGUAAACUCGUCUUGGACUUGACCCAGCAAUGUCAAAGAACCCUAAUGGAACAACCACUGAGCACCCUGAACAUUCACCUGUUCAUUAAGACAAUGAAAGCACCUCUGUUGACUGAAGUUACUGAAGAUCCUCAGCAAGUUUCAACUGUCCAUCUCCAGCUGGGGUUGCCGCUGGUUUUUAUUGUUGGCCGGCAAGCUACGUAUGAAGCGGACAGAACAACUGCAGAAUGGGUCGCGCGGCGUCUUCUGGGAAAAGCAGGAGUUCUGCUCUUGUUAAGGGAUUCUUUGGAAGUGAACAUUCCUCAGCACGCUAACGUGGUCCUCAAGAGAGCAGACAAGGGAGCGCCACUGGAAUUUUUGGUGUUACAUGAUGUUGAGUUAAUAGUAUCCCGUGUGGAAAAUACUGCGCAUGGUGGAGAAAUAGGAGAAAAUGAAAACGACGCUGCGGAGGAGGCCGACAUAGAUACUCAAGAUGAUGAGGUGGCAGAAACUGUUUACAGAGAUAGGAAGAGAAAAUUACCUUUGCAGCUGACAGUGGAGCUAACGGAAGAGACCUUCAAUACGACGGUGACGGCUUCUGACAGCAUGGUGCUCUUCUACGCCGGCUGGCAAGCAGUGUCCAUGGCCUUUCUGCAGUCCUAUGUCGAUGUGGCAGUUAAACUGGAAGGCACACCCACCGUGCUUCUUGCAAGAAUAAACUGUGCAGAUUGGUCUGACGUAUGUACUAAGCAGAAUGUUACUGAAUUCCCUGUUGUGAAGCUGUACAAGGCAGGCAGGAACCCGGUAUCUUACGCUGGCAUGUUAGGAACGGAAGCGCUCCUGAAAUUUAUCCAGCUCAACAGGAUUUCCUGUCCGGUGACCGUAAUGUCAGUCCGAGAAGCAGAGGAAUAUUUAAGUGGCGAGUUCCGUGAAGACCUUGCCUCCUCUGCCGGCGUGUCAGUGCUGGGACUGUUCAGCCCAGUCAUGACAGCAGCAAAAGAAUAUUUCAGUGAAGCUGGAAAGUACCUGCAAGGAUAUGUUAUCACUGGGAUUUAUUCUGAAGAAGAUGUUUCGAUACUGUCAAAUAAAUAUGCUGCAACUCUUCCAGCCCUGCUGCUUGCCAGACACAAAGAAGGCAGGAUAGAAAGCAUCCCAGUAGCCGGCAGCCGCACGCAGGACCUCGUUCAGAUAAUAACAGAUGCGUUACUGGAGACGUUUGAAAGAAAGAAGACUCCUGUGGGGAGAGGAAUCUUGCAGGCGUAUUUUGACCCUGUGCCUCCCCUUCCUGUUCUUGUUUUGGUGAAUCUGCAUGCAGGUGGCCAAGUAUUUGCGUUUCCUUCAGACCAGACUAUAACUGAACCAAACCUUAUCUUGUGGCUUAAGAAAUUAGAAGCAGGACUAGAAAAUCAUAUCACAAUUUUGCCUGCUCAAGAAUGGAGACCUCCUCUUCCUGCUUAUGAUUUUCUAAACAUGAUGGAUGCUGCAUCUCAACAUCCCACCAGGAAAGUUCCCGAGUGUACAAAAGAAAUAGAAGUUCAGGAGAAUGAUAAGGAACAACAUGAAGAUAGAUCAGCAACCAGAAAAGAACCAGCUGAGACACUGAGAAUAAAGCACUGGAAUCGAAACAAUUGGUUUAAAGCAGCCAAAAAGUCACUGAGGCAUGAUAAAGAGUUGUGACCUUCACAAGGAAGCUGGCUCUCCAGGGCUGUGCUUUCCAAGGUCUUUUUGGCUUGAUGGACUUAGGAAUUUAUUUCAUUAAAGAAUAAUAAAUCA